AUGGACCUUGACAACCUGAGUGAAAUAGAUGAAGAUGCCUCUGUCGCCACUGGUCAACAAAACACAGCUACAGGAGCUUCAGGUGGCCUGGGUGAACUCUCUCAAUCCGAUCUCAGUUCUUUGGUGCCUCAUAUGCAAGAACCUAGUAUAGCCGAUAACGACGACAUUUUCAGGCACUUAUCAGAUACCACUGCCAUCGAAAUAGAAAGUAUUUUAAGCGAAUUCAGUCAAACCCCUUUCAUUAAGCAAGAAGAAAACAACAAUGCGCCGUCGGGAGGCAAUGAAGACUCCGAUCCUAAUUCUCCCGCCGAUCACAAAGUCACGCAAGCGCUGCACGAGAUGCGAAAAUACACCAUUGCUGCGGCGAAUCCGAUUCUUGCGGAGAAGCUUUCUACGCCGAGCGAACAGAAUUUGACACAACUAGGAGCUAACAUGGCGGACGAGCUGGUGAGCAGCGGCCUUCUGGGUCGUUCGUUCGAUCGUUCAGCGUUCAAGGUUAGCAGGGAAAACAGACAGAGGUCGGAAAAUGGAGAGAGCGCGUCGGCUCGUGGAAAGAGCAGCAGGUCUGGAAUCAGAGAAUAA